GACUUUUAUUGGAUUGGUCUGCUAGCAGAGCCGACUAGUACUAGUCUGGUCUACAAAAGUCCCGCUUCUUCAGGACGCGGCAGAACUCAUUGAAGUGAGUUGAAUGCCGGUUGCUGGCUGACAUACAGCUCUGCUGAAGACGUCUUAAGUUUAGACCACGAUGGCUCGAUAUCGGCCAGGUUCUACGAUUGCCGUGUUGCGAUUAUUGUUAAUGUCCGCUGUGGUUCACCACCUGUGCUGUUUCGUUCAACCAGCGGCCUCGAUAUCCAUCGAAGAUAACUGUCAAUUUGAAAUGAGGCACUGCGCACCGAAUUGUGGCAAUGAUUAUUCCACCGACUUUAUAACGGCGUCGAGGGUGAACUGUUACUGCGACACCAAUUGUGUCGUGUAUGGUGACUGCUGCAUUGACUACUCGGACCACUGCGCCAACGGCUCAGAUCCAUGGGCAAACCGCUAUGAUUUCUCGCCUCAUAUGGUGUGCGUUUCCCCUUACGACCCAGACAAUGCGAUCCGCUAUCCGGCCGUUGGACGGUGCCCAUUGGAUUGGCCAAUGGACGACAUCAGACAAAACUGCGAGAAUGAGACAUUGGCCCGCUCUCAGAGAUUCCUCACUCUUCUAGUAAAUGGGCCAGAUGAAAUUGUCUUCAAGAAUGUCUACUGCGCUAUCUGUCACCACGUCACUGAUCCGGUACCCUGGCGUCUCAGACUGUGGGACUGUGAACUUGCGGAAGGUGAGACCGACCCCGUCCUACGCGUUGGCAAGCCCAAGUUUGAUGCCUGCGAGGGCAUUGAGGCAACUCCCCCGACAUCCAUGCUAACUAACCCACAUCGCUGUUUUCAAAAUUUCAUCGACAGCUGCCCGGAAACCACCAAUGUCACAGAAUCCCAGAUCGCACUUUGUGGCAACUAUACGUCCCUUCAGUUCCACUUUGACGUCACUCAUGAUGUGACCACAGCCUACAAGAAUGUCUACUGUGCAUAUUGUAAUGGAGCGUCUUUACAGAGGACAGGUCCUGAUGCCCUCCAGUGUAACUUCGAGGGCGUACGCCAUAUUAAUCCGUUUGUAUCAGUCCAGCUUCUGUUUGAUUUCACUACACAUUCGGUUAGCACGGAAAAGCGUGUUUUUUUUGCCAACGUGGAAACAGAGAUGAUUGGCAAAUGUAGUCUCCAGCAGCAAUACGAUCCGUUUAUUGGCGUGUGCAGAAACCUGACUUGCCCAGUCGGUCGAAUGUUACAGAUGGGUCAGUGUGUUGAAUCUUACGAUCAGAUCAUCACCCAAGCACCAUCAGGUGACUGUUGGCAACAACUUUUAUCCUCACUAAUUGGUCUUGACAAUAUUUCGAUCCACGACUUAAAAGGUAACGUGUACGGCCAGGCCAGUGUCUAUGUAGAUUUGUCCGUAGCAGCACGAAUUCAAGGCGCCUUAGACCAGCUCUUCUCCAGAAACCUGGCCUUCCCCUGCAAUGCAACAACAUCUCUGCUUCUAGUUGCAUCGCGACCUGCCAUGAAUGCAUCCAGGGGGUUAGUCUGUGAGGGGUUCACCCAACACAAUGUGGACGUGAACGAGAUUGCAUACGCUGAUGGUGUUUUCCAUGUCAAUAUUAGCGGCUUUAUGUACGAGGAGACCGAAUUCGUGCACAACACGAAGUAUGAGAUCACACAUGAAACUCGGUCGAGGAACGAGUACUUGAUUUUAUGCGACCCUUUUAUUGGGAACGACUGCCCCGUGCUAGCUUUCGACCGAAGUGAAUUUCUUAUCUCGGGCGUUGGCGCAGAAGUCGUUUUUGUUCAUAAGGCUUCAGGGAACUCCUUCGAUGCAGGUGAUGUCUGGCAGUUACCCGAUGGCACCCUGCGGAUGUGCAACUUUCUCCUUGGGACACACACCGUUACAUAUCCAGCCUGGCUCACAACCCUCUCGGACGUAAGUUUUGCCGGCAGUGUGUGCUCGAUUGUUGUGUUGGUCCUUACGUUCAUAACCUACAUGAGAUUCUCAGUUUUACGAAACGUACCCGGUAAACUUGUCCUAAAUCUUAUUGCUGCCUUAAUCCUGGCACAUGUGUCUCUGGUGGUUGACACGACAUCAGCUCCCUGGUUGUGCGUGGCACGGGCGUUAGUGCUGCACUUUUCCUGGCUGGCUAUAUUCACUUGGAUGAGCAUUUUGGCAGGUAAUUUAGCUAUCCGCAUGCGGUCAAUGAGGCCUCCUUCCAUACAGGAGGGCAGGGGUGGGCACAAAGUCGUGAAGGUCUGUGUUUUGGCCUGGGGCUUGCCCGCCAUCUUUGUGGCAGUGUGUUUCUUGGUGUCGAAGUUGGGUAGAAAUCACUCGUCUUUUGGGUUCGAGUAUGGUGGCAGUCAGUGCUGGAUCGUUGACAGUAUCCAUGCGUUGUUGGUGUUCGGCGUCCCGUUGUUUGUUCUUCUUUUCGUCAACUGCUUAUUUCUCGUGGCCAUGAUCUACGCAGUGAUUUCAAAUCGAAGAAGGAUGACUGCUGCAAGAAUGGCAACGAAUGGCAAAACCGAUAUUCUACUCUGCGCUAAGCUGGUGGUGUUGACUGGAGCGACUUGGUCCCUCUUCCUUACUGCCAACUUGAUCGACGUCGCCAUCGUCUGGUACCUCGCCGUCGUCGUCAACUCCCUGCAUGGCGCCCUCAUCGGUCUGACGUUCCUCCUGAAGGACAACGUGAGGGCGCUCUGGCGGCAGCAAUGGCUGAUGUUUUGUGGCUGCCACUGCCGGUGCCUGUUUGGUCGACACACGAAUGAAGUCCAACAACAGUCUGCCGCGAACAGUAGCUCCAUGGAAGUUGUCUCUGGGCGUGGCACAUCUUCCACAAUCACGGGAGGCAGUGAGCUCGAGGAAGGGGACCUUCCCUAUACAGGGAAGGCGAACCUCUCGAGCAUCGACACUCAACUUUGAAUUAAGGAGUCAUAAAAAAAAACUUCAUGAACUCGCAAUCACCAACAGUCACUUUAAAGCCCCCGAUAAAUCUCACCCGUGCAUUCUCCGCGGCUUUUUUUUCGUGUUUUUUUUUUUGGGGGGGGUCCUAAACAUGCAUGUAAUAAGACUUAACAUUGUCUUCAUUUUUUCGCGUCUCUGACGGAGAUCUCGUGUCAGUAACUUUUAGUGUGCACAUAAUGUUGCCAUGCUUUCAUCCCAAAAGUCAUAUGUUCUUGUCUUGUAAAAUCUUGAAAAAUCAAAAGUAUGUGACUGUUACCCCAGAUAAGGGCCCAGCUAUUUUUAAUUCAAACAUUUCGUGUACAUAAAGUUAUGUCUUAUUUGACUUAAUUAUUAGGGAUUCACUGCACUUGAUUAUAAACGAUUUUGCAACUGUUCUCUAAAA